AAAGAUUCCGACCGUUUUGCUUCAUCAUCAUCCCAUUGUUGUCACCCGCUAACCCUCGGCAUUGAAGGUUGAAUAAUCGCAAUGCAGGUAAGAUGUAUGAGCAGAUGAAUGGGGCGUGAGGCGAUUGAUAGACGUCGAGUGAGAUAGGAGCGCAAUGGCGAUUUUGAGUGUGUUUAGUGAAGGAUUGAGGUUGGAAUUCAGGAGAGAUUUGGUAGGAUUCCAUUGAAUUUCCUCAAAUUCCCUUGCUCGAAGCUGGGCUGGCUAACAUUUUAAUUCCUCUUGGAUCUGUAGAAUCAGAGUUCUGAUCCGAGAAUUGGUUCUUCAAGAGACAACUCCACGAGUUCGACCGUAACAGCUGCAGCAUCAGGGUCAAAUUCCUCGUCAUUUUCUGCACUGUUCUCCACUUUGAUACCCGUGGGCGUUUUUGCUGCAGUUUGUACCAUCUCAUUCUUGGUGUUACGGAGAAAGUAUCCAAGGGUAUAUUCCCCAAGAACUUUCUUGAGUAGUCUAGAACCUCAGUAAGUUCGAUGGCCCAAAUGGGAAAACAUAAACUAAAAGCAUAAUAGUGAACGAAGUAAGGAAUUACCAUCUGGAUGGUUCAAUUGGGUGAAACCUUUCUUCAAUACCCCGGAUGAGGUAGUACUUAACCAAUCUUCACUCGAUGGGUACCUAUUUCUCAGAUUCCUCAAGAUUAUGUGUGUCAUAUGUCUUGUGGGAUGUGGUCUCGUAUUUCCUGUUCUGAUACCAGUACAUGUACUUGGAGGUGCCGGUAAUGAGCAACUUGAUCGAUUGACAUUUGGAAAUGUUACCAACACCCAAAUGUAUUAUGUGCAUGCAUUUUUGGCGUGGCUCUAUUUUGGUGAGUUUAAUUCCCUAGAAGGAAGAUUUCACUAAUGAACUAUUAGGGUUUAUCAUGUAUACAGUCUCACGAGAGUGCGUUUACUACAUUAAUCUCCGCCAAGCUUAUCUGCUUCAUCCUUAUUAUGCUAAACGUCUGUCAUCGAGGACUGUUCUGUUUACAUGUGUCCCCCAACAAAAUCUAGAGGAAGCUAAGUUACGAAAGGUGUUUGGCGAUGCCGUCAAGCAUGUUUGGAUUCCAAGGGAGACUGGCGAGCUGCAGGACUUGGUGGACGAAAGAAAUCAAACUGCAUAUCGACUGGAAAGAGCGGAGACGAUAUUGAUCAAAAUUGCAAAUAAAGAAAGAAACAGAGCUCUUAAACAUGGUCACCCGGAUCUUGAAUCAAGUAUCUGUAUCGAUUCUGUGCAAGAGACAAAACGAGAAUCCACAGCUACUGGGACUCGGAGACUAAGCUUGGUUAGAAGUUCAGCUGAUGUGAUGCCUAGGGAUAGCGAGAUGUUGGAAGUUCCCAUCACACCUAAAGAUACUUUAGUAGGAUCAAACUCUAAUUCAAUUAAUGGUACGGCGAAGGAAACCACAGCCCCCGAAGUAGAGAUGUCACAGACAAGUUCUCAAGCUACCACUGACGUAAAUCCCGCUACCCCUGCCCUCAAAUGGGGAGACAAUGGUUAUGGAAUGUCCGGGCCUCCUCUUGGAGUAAGCGGAUCAAUUGCUUCACAAUGGAUUCCUCACAGCUGGAGACCAACCCAUCGACCAUUAUCAAACUAUGGAAGAAGUGUAGAUACCAUUAAAUGGACACGGAAUCGACUGAAGGAAAUUGGACCUCAAAUCAGCAAAUUGAGGAGAAAUCAUCGCCAAGGAAAAGUUAAGCCAUUACCGGCCGCGUUCAUCGAGUUCGAUACCCAAGUUAAUGCUCAAUCUGCGUAUCAAACACUCUCUCAUCAUCGGGCAUUCCAUAUGAAACCACAUAUUAAUGGUAUUCGACCACAUGAAAUUGUAUGGGACUCACUUCGAAUGAAAUGGUGGGAGAGAAUAAUGCGCAACUUUGCAAUCCAAGGCUUCGUUGCCUGUCUAGUUAUAUUUUGGUCCGUUCCCUGCGCAUUUAUCGGAAUUGUAUCCAACAUCAAUUUCUUGGCAAAAAAAGUCCCAUUUCUUGGUUGGAUCAACAAACUGCCCUCUUCAAUUCUUGGUGUGGUUACGGGCUUGCUACCAGCUUUAGCAUUGUCAAUUCUUAUGGCAUUGGUUCCAGUGAUCCUCCGAACUUGUGGUCGUCAAGCCGGGAUACCAUCUUACUCGAUGAUUGAACUAUAUACACAGUCUACCUACUUUGUAUUCCAAGUGGUACAAGUAUUUCUCGUGACCACCAUCACCUCAGCAGCAUCCGCUGCUUUCGAAAAAAUCGUCGAAGAUCCAACUUCCGUGCGAUCACUACUUUCGCAAAAUCUGCCCAAAUCAUCAAAUUUCUACGUCUCAUAUUUUAUCCUCCAAGGUCUUGCCAUGUCCGCUACGCGAUUAUUACAACUACCUGCGCUGGUUCGUUAUUUGAUAUCUCAAAAUGAACAAAGUCCCAGAGUCAUGAUCAAUAAAUGGCACAAAAUAAGAGUCGUACAUUGGGGAGCUGUUUAUCCCGUCUUCACAAAUAUGGGCGUAAUAGCAAUUACAUAUUCACUAAUUAGUCCAUUGACUAUUGUAUUCGCACUCAUCGGAUUAUCUCUGAUUUAUAUUGUAUCAAAAUACAAUCUUCUCUACACAUAUUCCUCAGAAAUAUCGACGCGGGGGCUGUUGUAUCCCCAUGCUCUUAAGCAGCUACUCACAGGUGUAUAUCUUGCAGAAAUUUGCCUCAUUGGUCUUUUCGGAUUACGAAGCGCAUUUGGACCAUUGGUGAUCAUAUUCGGAUUAACAAUCUUCACUGCAUUAAUUCAUGUCAGCCUCAAUGAAGCCCUCGGACCACUCCUCUGGAAUCUCCCUCGAACUCUGGCGGUCGAAGAACUAUAUCGCGGAUUAGCAUUUAAUUCCGAUCUCCAAACACCUAUGCCUACCACAAAUAGAGUCGGCAACACAAAUGAAAACGGCGAUUCAUUCUUCCCAAUGCAAACUCCUCCACAAUCUCAAUCGCAACCAGCAGUCUCAACGUACAUAGUCCAUCGUAUGUCCAGUACCCCAAAUGUUCAGCCGACUAUUCCUGAAGAAAAUGAAGAUGAAAAUAACUCCUCCAAUUCCUCCAAUAAAGACUCCGACGACGAAGAAGAUGACCACGAACUCAACCCGCAAACCCGGUCUAUCCAUCCCAAAAACAUCGAGGGACUCCCUCACCUCUCAAAACUAACCUUCACCUUCCUCAUCACCGCCAUCCGCUCAAAAUUCCAACCGCAUCUCCACAAACUCACCCCUUAUUUCAUCUACCUAACCCCCAUCAUCUCCCCCACUUACGACCCCCUCAAACCCCCCAACUUCCUAAUCAAAUUCCUUCACCCAGAAAUCUUCUCCGACUACCACAUCUUGCGCUCUCUGACCGCUCCUCUCCCACCCAUGGACUCCAGUUUCGAGUACACAACAAAACAACACGAAGAUGCAUAUUUUCCACCCUGCGUAGCACGAGGACAUGAUCCCAAACUGUGGAUCCCGAGAGAUGACGCCGGCGUCAGUAAACAGGAAUGUGAACACACGAGAAAGAUUGCGGGCGUGGAGUGUAGUGAUGAGGGAGUGGAGAUGACUAAGGAGGGGAGGAUCGUGGUUCGGGAUUUGCAGGGCGAAAAUUGUAUUUGGAGUAGGGAGACGAGGUUUUAGGGUUGGAGCUAGGGGUUCGGGUCCGGGAGCGGGAGUUUGGAGAACUUUGGGAAAUGGCGUUGAGUUGGUUAUGAUGUGAUGACUAUGGAUUAGUGUUUUGGUUCUUUUAUAGAGAUUUUUAAUAGAUUUCGUGAUGGCGUUGGAAUAUACAUAAGGUUUCAUAGUAAGGCUUUAGGCGUUUUUAAUUUGAUGAUAGAAUAUCUGAAUUAUUCUUCACUGC